UCGAGAGUUUUUCAGAAAAUCUUAUUCUUAGAAUUUCUUAGUUGGUAUGUUAUGUCAAAGAAAUCUUCUCUCAAAUUCUCAACUUCUCAAUGUUCCAAAUCUUUAGAUUUCAAUCUUAUCAUUGCUCCUGAUGUGUGCUCAAAUUGUCUCGGCAACAAUUGUAUUCAAGAUUGUUUAAUCAAUAAAGAUGUCUAGCCAAACUAGAAGAUCUGAAAGAACGGCUCGUCCAGGGUCUGAAGAAAGGGAAGAGUUACCUGUUAAUCUUCCAACUAGUACGUCUGGAAAUAGAGGUCGGGGAAGACCAAGGGGACGAGGCAGAGGAAGAAGUCAGUCUCAGGGAAGGGAUCGGACUGAAAUACAUUCUGAAUAUGAAGAAUCUCACUCUAGGAAUAUUCAGGAGAGAUCGAUGCCACACCCAGAAUAUAUAACUCGGGAUAUGUUGGCAGAGGAAAUAGGGAAAUUGCAGGAAACUAUGACAUCUAUCAUGGGAAUAUCGGCUAGGGUGGAAACGGAAAAAGUGGAAGUUCAUCCCUCUGUUCCAGUUAAUCAUACUAAGGAAGGAGAUAUUAAGAUGGUUUUAGCAUGCAAACCACCAACCUUUUCUGGGGAGAGAGAUCCAAUGAAAGUUAUGUGCUGGAUCAAAGAGAUGGAAUCUGUGUUCAACACCAUUCGGUGUCCGGAAACAGAUAAAGUUCGAUUUGCUAUUUCGGUAUUGAAGUCAAAUGCUUUAUUUUGGUGGGAAGUUGAAUCGUCUACCAGAACAGAUGUUUUACAGACUUUGUCGUGGGUAGAAUUUGUGGAUAGAUUUAAAAAUCAGUUAUGUCCAAAAACGGCUGUGAGACAAAUGGAGGAAGAUUUCUUGAAGUUAGAGCAAGGAAAUGGAACGGUUCGAGAGUAUACUGAAAGAUUUAUUGAAUACUCUCGUUUUGCCUAACACUAUGUUUCGACUGAAUCAAGGAAGAUAGAAAGGUUUAUUUGGGGUCUGAAACCCUCAAUUAGGGAAUUCGUUAUUGCUAUGAACCCCAAUACCUUUCCAUUAACAGUAGAGGCAGMUGAGGUGACUAAAAGAAAUAAGAAUAGACAAUCAGAAGGAAAGAUUGUUGAGAAAAGAAAAUGAGAGGGGCCUUCAUCUUUUCGAGGACCAAAACCUGUAAGAUAUGACAACAGAUCUGAACAGAAGAGCAGUGAAAAAGUCUGUUCACAGUGCCGACAGAUUCAUCAAGGUGAGUGUAAGAUGGAUCCAAGGAAGUGUUACAAGUGUGGUGAAGCAGGCCAUCUAUCUAGAAAUUGUCCAACUAACAAAAAGGUGUUUUAAUUGCAAUUCUCCGGAUCAUAUUCGACCGAAUUGUCCAUUGUUAAGAACUCCACAAUUAACAAUGGGGAGUAAUAAGUCGGGUACACGGGGAAGGCCUACGGUGAACAGAGGAGGGCAAAGAGGAGCACGGGGACGGCCUUUCCAAAUGACUAAGAACGAGGCAGAAGCAUCACCAGAUAUAGUAACAGGUACAUUUCUUCUGAAUUCAAUAUGUGCUAAAGUGUUAUUUGACUCUGGUGCAAACAUUUCGUUUGUAUCACCAUUGUUUGCUCAAGCUAUAUGUCUAAAUUUUGUGCUACUUAAUGAUGAAUUAGUAGUUGAU